CCCUCUGCAGCCCCCUGAGUUGGGAAGUGGCUCGGUACGAAGCAGAGGCCUUUCAGUAGCUGUCACUCCUGCAGUUCUGGGGUCUUGCUGCGAGCCUGCCUCCCUGCAGCACCGGGAGCAAACUGCUUUGGUGGUGCCUGUUCACCCUUCUGCUGGAAGCAGUCAGGUGCUUUGCCUGGCUGGCGUUCUGCUUUAGGUUCUACAUUAAAUGGCUGUUUGUUUGUUAAAUGGCUUUUUGCCCCUGUUCCUGCCCAGUCCUCUCUUCCUGGACACUUCAGAUAUCUGGUGGCAGGACCCGCCGUCGCUGGCAGCAGUGAAGACGUCCUGGGACGCGACAGAGAUGGCGGCUCUGCAGAAGGCUGCAGAUGACGACUCGGGCCUGAGCCACCUGGAGGGGGACAGUGCGGAGGAGCUGGCUGUGCCGGACCCAGAGCUGGAGGCCAUCAAAGCCAGAGUGCGGGAGAUGGAGAAGGAGGAUGAGAGGUUGAAGGAGUUGCAGCUGGAAGCUGAGCGCCGCCUCAUCGUGAGCUUGGAGGCAGGUCUCUUUCCAAAGACAACUGAGGAGAAGAUGGAGGUUGACCAGCGAUCCAUCUACGUGGGCAAUGUGGACUAUGGGGGCACGGCGGAAGAGCUGGAGUCUCACUUCAACAGCUGCGGGCAAAUCAACCGAGUGACCAUCCUGUGCGACAAGUUCUCAGGACAUCCCAAAGGGUACGCCUACAUCGAGUUUGAAGAGAAGAGCUCUGUGAAGGCUGCAGUGGAGCUGGACGAGAGCGUGUUCAGAGGCCGUGUCAUUAAGGUGCUGCCCAAGAGGACCAACAUGCCAGGCAUCAGCACCACUGACCGUGGGGGCUACCGGGGCCGAUUCCAAGCCCGGGGAGGGCUGGCCCAGCGAGGAGGCUACUAUGGAGGACAGCACCCGAGGGUGCGAGGGAGGACGUACAGGGGUCGGGCAAGGCUGCUGCCUUGGUAUUUUCCAUACUAGAAAGGACUGGACUGCCUGGUGAUGCCGAUGGGAUGGAAAUGAGGAGAUGGGAUUGGAGAGAUUUAAAAAUAUGCCUACCCAAGUCAAAAAAAGAUUAAUUUUAAAAUGCCAUCUGCCUGGCCGUGAGGAUUACUGGUGAGGCAGCCGGAGUGCUGGGCUGCAGGAGGGAAGAGUGGAUCUGCUCCACCAACACCGGCCGGAUCCCUGCCAGUGUCCCAGGAGGGGCUCACCUCAGCUUUGCUUAGGGGAUUGCGUUUUCACGGAGAACACCCUCACUGCGGAGAACACCCUGUCCUGGGAAGGGAAGAGCUUUCCCAGACCAUCAAGUCUCAUCCUCAUCCCAUAGAAAAGGGCUGUACUGGAGGGUUUGGUGUAAACCUGCUUUGGCUUUUAGCCGUCCAGAUGCCCUCCACCCCACUGUGUCCUGCUCUGCCUGUGAAGCACCCCCAGCUCUGGCUGUUUCUACAGGAGCUGGGUGUUGCUUUCUCUUGCCCGUAAGAAGAUCCGAAAGACCUUUCCGAAGACUGUUUUCUUCUCCACGUCAGUGGAGA